AUGACGGUAUCGCAAUUGCUUGAAGCUUACGCGCGAAGUCAGCAGACCCGCUUACACAGCAACAAGGCCAGAGCUGUAAAGUCUUUACCGAAGAGCAGUGGCUAUGUCUCAAUACCAUAUUGGGGCCUGCUCGCGCUGCCAGCUGCUGCAGGCCUUGGGGCGUGGUGGUCCAAUGCACAGCUAUCGAAGCAUGCUCCUCACAGCCAGCGGUAUCGACCGCGUUAUGCCGACAAAGCGACGAUGCUGAGAGCUGCUAACGAGAUUGUUAUUGUCGUUGGUAAGGACGCGGUAAGUUUUGAUGGGGACAUCAUUGAAAGUCAUGGCUACUCGGACUGGUCAACCUCGAACUCAGCCGGCCGCCCGGUUGCAGUCGUCUAUCCCAGAACAACAGAAGAAGUCUCGCGCAUCGCAGAGAUCUGUAACAAGCAUAAUGUGCCCAUAGUUCCGUUUGGGGCUGGGUCGUCUGUAGAAGGAAACUUCUCGUCGCCGCAUAGUGGCAUCUGCCUAGAUUUCACGAUGAUGGACAGGGUUCUUGCGUUCCACCCCGAUGAUAUGGACGUGAUUGUGCAGCCUGGUGUCAACUGGGUAGACCUGAACAACAAGAUCAAGGGCGACGGACUCUUCCUACCCCUGGAUCCCUCUCCUACCGCAACAAUUGGCGGCAUGGUUUCCACAAAUUGCAGCGGAACUAAUGCAUUCCGAUAUGGUACUAUGAAAGAUUGGGUAAUAAGCGUGACGGUGGUGCUGGCUGAUGGGCAAGUGAUCAAGACACGGAAACGACCUAGAAAGACGUCAGCCGGCUACAAUCUGACAUCCUUGUUUGUCGGCGCUGAGGGCACACUAGGCGUCGUCACUGAGAUUACCAUGAAGCUCGCAGUUAUACUACCGGACACGAGUGUUGCAGUUGUAUCGUUUCCCACGAUCAAGGACGCAGCAAGCGCGGCAACUAAGCUCAUCAGAUCCGGGAUUCAGUUGGCUGCCCUGGAGUUGAUGGAUGAAGUCCAGAUGCAAGUGGUGAACCGUCAUGGGAGUGAGGCAGUCAGGAAGACAAAAUGGGACGAGAAGCCGACUUUGUUUUUGAAGUUCUCCGGUACAGCGGACGGCAUCAAAGGUGACGUAUCACGUGUGCAAAAGAUAGUAAAGCCUUACGCGCCGAUGAGCAUAUUCUUUGCCAGGACUAAACAAGAGGAAACCGAUUUGUGGUCUGCGAGGAAAGAAGCACUCUGGACGAUGACAUCUAUUAAACCAGAAGGGUAUUCUAUCUGGUCAACCGAUGUUGCUGUUCCGAUCUCGAGGUUGGCUGAGAUAAUUGAACUAUCCAAAGAGGACUCGGGCAAUUUGGGUCUCUUUGCCAGCGUGGUUGGACAUGUUGGCGAUGGAAACUUCCACCAGGCUGUAUUUUACGAGACAGACAACAAAGCUCAAGAACAAUCUGUUUCCGACUGUGUGCACAAGAUGAUGCAGAGAGCACUGGAGAUGGAAGGCACCGUAUCUGGAGAACACGCAAUUGGCAUAGGGAAGAAGGAAUGCCUCGUAGAUGAGCUUGGAAAUGACACGAUACAACUCAUGAAGACACUCAAGCACGCUGUCGAUCCGAAGUGGUUGAUGAAUCCUGGCAAGGUCUUUGAUUUUCUUUGA